ACGAUUUUCUUUCUCCGCGAACGAACAUUCCGGGGCCGCCCCCGUGCUUUCCCAAUUCCGAAUUCUCCACCGGAUUUCUCGCGCCGCCGCCGCCGCGCUCGGCUCAGUCCGAGGAGGGGAAAUGGCGAGCGGAAGCUACGAGGGCAUCCUGCUGGGGAUAGGGAACCCCCUCCUCGACAUCUCCGCCGUCGUCGACGAGGCCUUCCUCGCCAAGUAUGAUGUCAAGCCAGGCAAUGCCAUUCUUGCGGAGGACAAGCAUUUGCCGAUGUAUGAUGAAUUGGCUAGCAAGGGCAACGUUGAAUAUAUCGCUGGAGGAGCCACCCAGAACUCUAUCAGGGUUGCCCAAUGGAUGCUUCAAAUUCCCGGUGCGACAAGUUACAUAGGUUGCAUUGGAAAGGACAAGUUUGGUGAGGAGAUGAAGAAAAAUGCACAAGCUGCUGGUAUUAAUGCCCAUUAUCAUGAGGAUGAGAAUGCUCUGACGGGCACAUGUGCGGUCUGUGUUGUUGGUGGCGAAAGGUCACUCAUUGCAAACUUGUCCGCAGCAAACUGCUACAAGUCUGAACAUCUGAAGAAACCAGAGAAUUGGGCACUUGUUAAGAAGGCAAAAUAUAUUUAUAUUGCUGGCUUUUUCCUUACUGUGUCACCGGAUUCUAUUCAACUUGUUGCUGAGCAUGCUGCUGCAACUAACAAGGUGUUUUUGAUGAACCUUUCCGCUCCCUUUAUCUGUGAGUUUUUCCGUGAUGCCCAAGAGAAAGCUCUUCCGUACGUGGACUACAUCUUUGGAAAUGAAACUGAGGCAAGGACCUUUGCUAAAGUUCGUGGUUGGGAGACUGAGAAUGUGGAGGAGAUUGCUCUGAAGAUCUCACAAUUGCCCAAUGCUUCAGGGACACACAAGAGGAUUACUGUGAUCACUCAAGGCCGUGAUCCAGUAGUUGUGGCUGAUGAUGGAAAGGUGAAAACUUUCCCCGUGAUCCUUUUGCCUAAGGAGAAGCUUGUGGAUACUAAUGGUGCAGGUGAUGCCUUUGUUGGAGGCUUUCUAUCUCAAUUGGUUCAAGAGAAGAGCAUCGAUGAGUGUGUCAGAGCUGCUUGCUACGCCGCGAAUGUUGUCAUCCAGCGUUCAGGCUGCACUUACCCUGAAAAGCCCGACUUCAAUUAGAGCGAUCCCUAGCAUAUUGAAGACAUGUAAGGCCACAGUUUUUGUGACAUUUCCUCUGUAUAACUCUGCUCCUCAGCAGAUCUGGCCAACAUUAUCUAUAUCAAUCUCUAAUUUGCGGCACAUCUGUACUUA